ACCGAACUCCCUUUUCUGCCCUCAAGCGAAGGGAGCCGAGAAGGACAAAACGUGUUUCGAGGAACGCAGCCGGGAAAGCGUGGGCUUCUGCCAUGAAGAUCUCGUUGGAGGAGCAGAAACGCUUAGCGGCAGACAUUACUCGCUUCCUCUCCCUUUACAACCACAUUGCGGAUGCCUACAUCAUUGAGUUUUUCACAGACAGCUUGUGGAGCAGCCUCCCUCUUUCCUGGCAGGCGGCUCUGGAUGGUCUCAGCUCCCCACAGUUGGCUGCUCUCUUGCUGGAAAACAGGGCCACCCCAGAGGCCAGCUACAGCUCUGUUUGGCCACUCUCGCUGCUGGCCUUCAAAGCUACCGCUCACUCUUUGACAUUCCCUAAAAGAGCCAAGGGUCGAGGGGGCACCGCGGGGCUUGGGAGGCCAGAAGAGUUCCGGGAGAACCCCUGCCAGAGCGCCAGGCUGCACCCCCUCUUCCGGAAGCACGUCAAGCCCAAGAAGCAACACGAAAUCCAACGGCUGGGGCAGGUGGUGAAGAGGCUGAGCGAUCUCACUGGGUGCCGCCAUGUUGUCGAUGUGGGUUCUGGGCAGGGCCAUCUCUCCCGCUUCCUGGCCUUUGGUCUCAAUCUGCCAGUCACUGCGCUCGAGGGUGAUGCCCGGCUGGCCAGUCAGGCUGCCAAGUUUGACCAGGAGUUACUUCAAGCGUUGGAGAAGGAUUGCAACAACGGCACUCAGGCUCAAGAUGGCAUCUCUCACAAAGCGCCAUGCCACGUGGUGGGCUGGGUUGACCCCAGGGCGCCAUGGCCAGAGUUUGUGCGCUUGCUGCAGCCUGGGAAGGACCGAAGUCGCGAAGGAGGAGCAGCUGGAGUGCCCCCUAAACGGUCAGCUUUGGACACAGACUUUGAAAAGGAAGGAUGCCCACCCGCUGUAGUGCCUUGUGAAGGAAGAAGAGCAGAAGCUGCUCCAGGAGAUGGGGGCUUCAUAGAGGAGCCAAGUGACUCUCUUGUUAGACUCCAUAACCUCCUCCUCACUGGACUCCAUGCCUGCGGUGAUCUGAGUGUGGCCCUUUUGCGGUAUUUUGCCCGCUGCCCACAAGUAGUGGGCAUCACCUCAGUCGGUUGCUGCUACAUGAAGCUCACCACAGAAGAGGAGGCAGGCCUUUCUCCUGGCCCCCAGCCCUCUGAAUGGGGCUACCCACUGAGCAGCUGGGUCUCCUCCCUGCCGGGACAUCGGCUCUCCUACAAGGCCCGUGAAGUGGCCUGCCAUGCCAUUGAGGACUACAUCCAGCGGCUCCAGCAUCAGAGCCCCACGCUCCGGACCCACUGCUUCCGUGCCGCGCUGGAGGUGGUGAUUCGGGCUACGGACCCAAACAAGAAGCGGUUGGGGGUCCAGACCAUCAAGAAGGUCCACAUACUCUCCUUCCAAGAGUAUGCCCACCUCGGCCUGGAGCGCCUGGGGAUGGAGCCCAGCCUAGCCCACGUGCCGCCUGAAUCCUUAGCGGCCAUGUUGGCCCAAGAGCAGAAGGUGGUGGCCUUCUUCAGCCUUGCCCUGCUCCUGGCGCCUGUGGUGGAGACCCUCCUGCUGCUUGACCGCAUGAUCUACCUGCAAGAGCAAGGUUUCCACUGUGAGCUCCUCCCUCUGUUCGACCCCCACUUCUCCCCCAGAAACCUGGUACUGCUGGCGGCAAAGGCUAAGGCAGGAUCCGAUCUCAGAGACUUGGCAAUGGAAACGCAAUACAGAUGAAGGAGAGUUGCCUUCCCUUUCCCAGGUGAAGAGACAUGAAUGGCUACACCUACUUUAUUUAUAAUUUUACUCUAUUAUUAUUCCAUUUAUUAUUUUUCUCUAUUUAUUAUUCCAUUUAUUAUUUUACUCUAUUAUU